AUGGCUGUGUUUAUGGGAAUUCUUGAGCUAAUAAGUCCAGGUCUUGUAAUGCGAAAUUCCUUGACAAGAUUUCAACAAAUGUUAUUGACUCUAAUGCGAUUACGGUUAAACUUACCUGUUCAAGAUCUUGGCUACAGAUUUGGCAUUCAUGCAUCCACUGUAUCAAGAGUGUUUCAAAGCUGCAUAGAUGUUAUGUUUUCAAGAAUGAAAUUUCUGAUUCAUUGGCCAGAUAGAGAACAAUUAAGACUGACACUUCCAAUGUGUUUUAGAGAAAGGUUUUCUUCUUGUGCUGUCAUAAUCGAUUGCUUCGAAAUAUUUAUCGACCGCCCUUCCGAUUUUUUAGCUAGAGCCCAUACUUGGUCGUCUUAUAAACAUCAUAAUACUGCAAAGUUUCUGAUAGGGAUUACACCACAAGGUACAGUAUCGUUUAUAUCAAGAGCAUGGGGUGGUAGGGCGUCAGACAAAUUUAUUACUGAACAUUCAGGCAUAUUAAACAAGCUGGUUCCUGGUGACUUAGUUCUAGCAGACAGGGGAUUUAACAUUGCAGACAGUGCCGGAUUAUACUGUGCAAGUAUUAAGAUUCAAGCUUUUACUAAAGGCAAGGCUCAACUGUCACCUGUAGAGAUAGAAACAACAAGAUCCAUAGCUAAUGUUCGCAUACAUGUGGAGCGAGUUAUUGGCAGUGUUUGUCAGAAAUACACAAUUCUUGGUCAUGGAAUAGCUCCAAUCGACUAUUUGCAAGCAGAUGAUGGUGAACAUUGCUUACUUGACAAGAUAGCUACAGUAUGUUGUGCUUUAGUUAAUUGUUGUCCAUCAGUAGUUUCUUUAGAGUAG